GCUCACGCAGUAGAGCACCUGCUUUGCGAGCUCGAAGCCCUGAGUUCAGACUCCAUUCCCACCAAAAGGAAAAAAAAAGCUAACAUUUCUAACGUACACGCGCUCAGGGCGAAGAGUGGGGGAGGGGGCAGCACCCCGUCAGCGCUGAGUGUGGGGACAGAGUCGCAACCCGGUGCCAUCACAGCCUCGGCUGCGGAGCUGGGCGGUAACACCGAGCUCAAGCCAGGCGACGCGCGGGGCUCCCGGAGCAGUGUACAUAGUAAUCGGCCCUGAGUAAGUGUCAAUAAUACUUCCGUUAACUGUUUUUGCGACGGCCACAUGGGCCUGCAGCAAUAGGAUAUAAACUAUUUCGGGUCACGGCAGAAGACGAGAAGGUUGCCAAAGCCCUGUUUUCCGGGGUACGUAGAGCCCCCACCUUUGUGCUACACCCCAAGCCCUUCCUUCACAGGCCUGGAUAGAGACCUGGAAAUGCAAGCGAGGGCGAGCGCGCGCGCGCGCGGAUGUUCCCUAGCCCCGCCCCGUCCAGCGCGGCCACGCCCAGUUCCGCGCGCGUCCGUCGGACUGUGCGCCUGCGCCGCGCGCCCCCUGAGGCGCCCGAGGAGGGCGCGGGGCGCGCGGGCCCGGGAGCGCGCGCGGCGCCAGCAGCCUCGCUUGGCCCUGGUCUCCGCCCGCGCGUCCCCGCCGAGGCUGCCGCUCCCGCUGGCGUCGAGGGCGUGGCGGCCGGUGGCUCACUCUCUGUCCUCGGCUCCCAGCCGUCUGGUUCUGUCCCCCGGGUUGCCGCUCUCCCCGCAGCCCCGGCGGUCUCCGGCCUCUCCACUCGCUUCCUGCCGCGGCGGCGGAGCGCGCAGGUGUCUGUAGACGUCCUGAACUUUAAAAACAGAAGACGUGCUUUUAGGGACACAAUGAAAUCUUGGAAUGACAGCCAGUCAGACCUCUGUAGCAGUGAUCAAGAAGAGGAAGAAGAGAUGGUAUUUGGUGAAAAUGAAGAUGAUUUGGAAGAGAUGAUGGAUUUAAGUGAUCUGCCUACCUCACUUUUCGCUUGCAGCGUCCAUGAAGCAGUGUUUGAGGUCCAGGAACAGAAGAAGAGAUUUGAAGCACUUUUCACCCUCUAUGACGAGCAGGUGACAUUCCAAUUAUUUAAAAGCUUUAGAAGAGUCAGAAUAAAUUUCAGCAAACCCGAGGCAGCAGCAAGAGCUCGAAUAGAGCUGCACGAGACAGACUUCAACGGGAAGAAGCUGCGGCUGUACUUUGCACAGGUGCAGACAUCUGGAGAGGCCCGGGACAAAUCCUACCUUCUGCCGCCACAGCCUGCCAAACAGUUUCUCAUCUCACCACCCGCGUCCCCGCCUGUGGGGUGGAAGCAGAGUGAAGACGCCAUGCCUGUGAUCAACUAUGACUUACUCUGCGCCGUUUCCAAACUGGGGCCAGGGGAGAAAUACGAACUGCAUGCUGGAACCGAGUCUACACCCAGCGUGGUGGUUCAUGUCUGUGAAAGCGAAACUGAAGAGGAAGAAGAAACAAGAAACCCCAAACAGAAAAUCACCCAGACUCGGCGCCCUGACCCUCCCACCGCAGCACUGAGCGAGCCGCAGACCUUCGACUGCGCCCUGUGAGGUGGCUGGGGAGCAGCUGCCUCUGGCUACGUUGGGCCACGUUCCUCUUGCUGCUACCUGCUGCCCACAGGGCACUUACACUUCAGCCCAGCUGGUGCCUCCACCAGGCCGCCAGUGGUGGGAUGGAGUAGCAGGUGAGUCCACCUGUUGAAGUUUUCAGUGCUGUUCCUAAUGGCACUUUAAGUGAAAGGAUUAGCCUGAGGUGCAGUAACUCGACCAUUUUUAAACAGUAGAAAAUUAGGAAAAUGGCUUCCCAAACCCCCAGCAAUGUUAGUUCUCCUGAUUUCAUAUAGCAGUCACCCAGUGUACUACCAUUUUUAUGGAUUUAAAAAUAGUCAUACAGUUUUAAUAAUCUGAUAUGGGGUGGUUUUGUACUGGCAAGAUAGCUUCUAGUAGAAUGAUCAGAGUCUCAUUGUUAUUCAGUAUAUGUGACAUUUGUGCACAAAAGAAACCUGAAAUACAGGAUGAUCUAUGGAAGUCAUUUUCCUCAAGUGUUUUUUCAUUAGUCUUGGGGAUGCAAUGCCAGAUCCACUCUGGUUAUCAGAACUAAAUGGCACUGACAGUGUGUGCUGUUCUCAUCCCUGUUGCUCUGACUUGGAGGGUGGGGGCGGGUAAUGUAAGGCCCCAGCCUGCCAGAAGUAAUGGCUGCUUUGGAAGUGGGACUUCCUGCCAAGAAGCUAUACUAAUGAUGGUCUGUGGCUGCCAUAGGUGGCCCUGGGUGAUCACAGUCUUGCUUGCAGGGUGCCGAGCUGCCUUCACUCCCCAGUUUUUAUCCAUCACUAGCUCUUAAGAUUUUCUAUGCUCUCCAUACAUUUAUGUGUCUGUCAUAGUCUUAAAUUACAAAAGGUAAUGAUAAGAUUUUCUGAAGACCAUUUAGAAUUUUUCCAUUUCAACAUUUUCAGCCUGCUUAGACAGAAAAGUCAUCCACACCGUUUUUCUGUGAAUAAGGGAUUGAGGAAAGGUCAAGCUUUGCUUUUUGAUGAAAGUUUUUCCCUUGGCUUACAAUCAGCAUUUUCCCUGAAAGCAGAUGUCUCUCACUACCUUCAAGGCUGUUAUUUAUCCAUCUUCAGGUAGAAGCAGUAUCAUGAAUGCCUUGUGGUCUGUUGAGACUUUGUGGUCUCCCUGUGAGAAUGUCCCAUAACUGGGCAAGCUGUGCUUUGGGGCAGGUGGCUGCUGGCUGUUCUCUCCCUGUGCUGUUUGCUUUGUGUGGCAGGUGUCCAGACCUUCCCAUACAUACGUGAAGUGGGUACAUAUGAGUUAGAACUAAUAACCAAAGUGGCUGCCACUACAAAGAAAGAAUGCAGAAAUUCAAGCCAUGGAAUAAUGUAUUUUUGGCAACAUGUUACUGUGGUUUAGUUUUAAUUAUGAUGGAAUUUAUUUCUAAGGACUUUAUAUUGCACAGACACACACACAAACACAAACACACACAAAUGUUUUCUCCAUUUUCCGUGUUCUCAAACACCCCGAGAUAUAUACUCUUCUGCUUAUAUGUACUUAAUACUGCUAGGCCUCAGUGUAAAUUUGGUUGAAAGUGAU